AUGACGUACGCGCUUCGUUUAGAGUUCAAGAGCUCCUAUAACGAAGCUGAAUACGAGGCCUUAUUAGCAGGUCUACGUCUUGUAGUAAAAGUCGGAGCAAGAAACGUCGUAGCCCAUGUAGACUCAUUGCUCCUGGCAAAUCAGGUGAACGGGGAUUAUGAAGCAAGGGAAGCCAACAUGAUCGAAUAUCUUGAGCAAGUAAAACAAAUUAUGGCAUCGUUCGAGUCAUGCAAAGUUGAACACGUCCCCCGAAGCAAAAACAAAAAGGCCGAUGCACUAAGCAAACUGGCGUCCAUGUCAUUCAGUUACUUGGCCAAAGAAGUAAGGGUAGAAGUGCUAACCGCACCCUCGAUUGCUACCCCCCAUGUUAUGCAAGUAGAAGCUCCGUCCCAGACAUGGAUGACGCCUAUAAUCAACUAUCUAGUGCACGAUGUCUUACCAGUCGAUAAAGCAGAAGCAAGAAAGAUUCAAAUCAACUCCCUCCUGUAUCAGAUGCAGGAAGGAGGACCCAAGAUGAUCGUGACGAAGGUAAAGAAUGCAGGGUACUAUUGGCCCGAGAUGCACGAAAGUGCAGUUAAAGAACUCCAGCAGUGCGAUGAGUGCCAAAAGCACGCACCAAUAAGCCUUCGAGCUAAGAAUGAAAUGAUCCCGGUAACCGCAGCAUGGCCUUUCCAGAAGUGGGGCGUCGACAUAGUCGGCCCUUUUCCACGAUCAAGCGGAAGCGCUCAAUAUUUACUAGUCGCAGUAGAUUAUUUCACCAAAUGGGUGGAGGCUCGACCGUUCACAGUUAUCUCCGGUUACAAUGUAACGAGAUUCUUCUGGGAACAAAUCGUGUGCCGUUUCGGCCUGCCACUCUACAUUGUUAACGACAACGCAAAACAAUUUGCGGAGAACCUGUUCAAGCGCUGUCUCACCUACGGAACCGAGGCCGUAAUUCCCGCGGAAAUCGGGCUCCCAAAUCUAAGAUGCAGGAACUGGGAGGAAAAUGAACGGGAGCUCCGAUCCAAUCUUGAUCUGCUGGAAGAACGUCGGAACAUCGCGACAAUCAAAGAAGCCCGAUACAAGAAAAAGAUCGAGAAAUACUACAAUGCUCGCGCCAAGCUUUACAAGUUCAAAGUUGGAGACUUUGUACUCCGAAACAACGAUGCAAGCCACGUCGAAGCCCCCGGGAAGUUAACCCCGAAAUGGGAAGGACCGUACCGAGUCAAAGAAGCAAGCGAAAAAGGCUCGUACGUGUUGGAGAAAGUCGAUGGAACCCCCGUACCCAGAACUUGGAACGGGGUACAUCUAAAGAAGUGUUUUAUGUGA